CGCCGGUCGGUCUACGCAGCCGCAUGAAGUCGUACACGCCUACUGACUGCACAUCAUGGCGGGUAAUUCAAAAGAGCAGCGACUGUCUCUGCAAGUUUAUAACACCCUUCAGAGUCUGGGAUGUCCUCUGGUGGAUGGGCUUUACCUGAGGGAGGCAGAAAGCAUCCAGGAGCUCCUCUGUUCACCAUCAUUACAUCGCACUGAUAUUCUCAAGUGGAUUUACGUGAGAAUCUGUCCUUCCCUACUGGAGAAGCUUUCAGCAAUUAGAACAAGUCAGCUUGAAGAAUUAGUUCAAGAACUCACUCGGUUUGGGCAUGAAAUGAUGCUAUGUAAAGCAAAUGACCAGGAUUUAAUAAAGGGCACUGCACCACCCUUACGGCAACUUGUCUUUCUGGAACAGCUUCUAAUGAUUGUUCAAGCAGACUCCUCUAUGUCUUCAGGUCAGAACUCAUCUUCUGGAGAUGAAAGUGUGAAGAAUGAGGAUCUUCUAGGGCUGCUGAUGUCACAGGAUCAGUCUUCUGACCUGGAUCUGGUCCUGAACCCAACCUGCAAUCCCUGGUCCGCACACAUCCGAGAACAUUUGAUACGAACACAGUCUGCACCCAACAAGAUGAACGGAAACCAGAGCAAAGCCAGCGAUUGCAUAAACAGAGCUGAUUCUGAACAUUCUCGCCUUGGAAGUCAUGGAGAAGAAGAUCUUAAGGAGGCCAUGGUACUUCUGCAGUCUACCCGGAAUACAUUAGAAAAGCUCCAGAAGGAGUGUGAGUUCCUCCAGACGCAUACAUCGGGUUCUGCAGCUGCACUGUCACCCUGUGCACUGAAAGUGGCCAUAUCUGACAUGUCUCAAUUCAUGACUGCCUUCGGUCACAUCUACAACACAGACUUUAAGAGCUACUGUCAGAAUGUUCCUCCCGCUCUCUGUUCCAGCACCAAUGUGUUCCAGUCUGUACAUCAGCUCCUGCACACCUGUAAUAUGGAGCUUGCGGCACUUAAGCAGCUGUCUGAAACGUCACUGUCACUUACAGAAACAGUAAGAGAGCUGCAGACCGACAGACGGUACUGGUCUCGAGGAGAGAAGCACACACUACCCAACCAGUUGGAGGAGCUGAAGAACAAAUAUGUGGCUUUUCUCUCACUUCACCAAUCAUAACUCUUGAGAAGUCUGUAUGCUGCGUCUCUUACUGUCUCGUCAGUAAUGUACUGCUCAUAUCUUGAAUGUGUGAUAAAGAAAACAUGAAUGCUGUUUGCAUCUACUUUUUUGUAUUUUAAUGCUGCUGUUUGCAUCAGCUGUUUUGUAUUUUAAUGUUGCUUUCUGCAUCUACUGUUUUGUAUUUUAAUGUUGCACAAAAUUAAAGCAAAGCUGUCAUGUGAAACUCUUUACUCAUGAUGUACAUUUUGUCAUCUGUUAUUGAUGUUUAUAAGAUAAUUGUAUUAAUUAUAAUUUCUCAUGAGG